AGGUUGGAUAUAUAUUCCAUCUUUAAGACAGUGAGGGUCCUCUUUUGCGUGACUGUCAAAUCUCAUUCUCUUCUCUUUCCUCUCAUCAUCUCUCCUCUCCUCUGAGAAAGAAAGAGAAAGAAAAUCUGAGUUUCCGAGAAAAAUUAAAAAAGAAAAAAUCUCAAAGAUUCCGAUCGGUGAUCUUUGUCUGUCUAUUUUCUCGAGAAAAUUCUUCUCUUUCUCUAUAUAUAUAUAUCAUCAUAUACUAAAGACUAAUAAGACUGUUCUUGUUGCUGCAGGUAUCUAAUAAUGGAGGGAGACACAAUCUCUGGGAUGAUGGGAAAUGGAGCUGAGAUGGAUGGGAAGAUUCUUCAAACGUUUCAGAAAAGUUUUGUUCAAGUGCAAAACAUAUUGGACCACAACCGAUUGCUUAUAAACGAGAUAAACCAAAACCAUGAGUCCAAAAUCCCAGGCAACCUAGGACGAAACGUCAGUCUGAUCCGAGAAUUGAACAAUAACGUGAGAAAGGUUGCACAUCUUUAUGUUGAUCUUUCCAACAACUUCUCCAAAUCCAUGGAAGCUUCUUCCGAAGGAGACUCAGCAGGUGGCCUGAGGAGAAUCAGGCCUGCUUGAAGUUGAAUGAGUUUAGUUUGAUGUGGCUUUAAAUAAAAAGAAAAGUUAUCGUAAACAAAAAAAAGUCAUAGUCUGGGGGAUCAUAGACUAGUAGAGAGCAUAUUUUGCUACUAUCUCUUAAGUAUUUUAUGUACUAUCUGAAUUUUUCUUUCGUUUACUUUUGUUGUCAACUGUCAACAGUUUAUUCCUUAUCUCCUUUUUA